AUGACAUACCCGGUUAGUGCAGCCGCUCCUGCCGACAUUUCAUAUUCUAAAAAUACCCCGUUGGUAGGGCUCUCUAAACCUCCAUGCUUGUACCAACACGCUUCCUCGUCCGUCGAUUCGUUUUCGUCAACAUUCAGUGAUGAUGAUCGUUCGGACCUUGUUGCUGUACCUAAUGAGUCGCCGCAUGCAUUUUCGUAUAAUCCCAUAUCACCAAACUCACUGGGAGUAAGGUUGACCAUCUUAAGAAGGUCUUUGGAAAUAAUGGUAAACAGUCCUGACAUCUUACAUGAGUUGAAGAAAAAAGCACCCGUAAUAGCAUACCCCCCCUCACUUAGACACACAAGAAACUUAACAGAGACUGCCACGUUAUCAGCAUCGCGAGAUCCGUUAAAUGGGUCUCUAAUUUCACCAUUAGUAUCCAAUAUGCCAUCUCCUGCUAGUAGACCCGUGAUACAGAGAGCAACGUCCUUAAUGGUGUUGCCUGAUAAUGAUACUGCCAGUAAACUGAAUCCAGCCAAGUCCGAGUUAGAAAACUUGUUAUUCUUGCUAAAUUUAGCAUUGGAAAACAAUUCCUUCGAAAGAGCUUCCGAUUUACACAUGCUAUCGUUAUUGAAUAUCAAGAAAAUAAACUUUGAUUCAGACAUUCAAAAAUCAGAAACUUUGAAAAAGGUUUUAUUAGAUAGUUUAGCAGAACCAUUUUUUGAAAACUACAAGAAGUUCCCUCACAAAGAUUUAGGUUCGAAAUCGCAAUAUAAUGAAUAUGAGGAGAAACACGAUGAUAUAGUCUCCUUAGCAGACAUCAAACCACAACAGGACUAUAGCCGAAUUCUUCAUCCUUUCACAUCUGCAAAAAAUUCUGGUCCAGAGGCCAUUUUUACAUGUUCUCAACAAUACCCCUGGAACUUCAAAGCUGCCAAUGAUUUGGCGUGUCUAACGUUCGGUAUAUCAAAGAAUGUUAUCAAGGCACUUACUUUACUAGACCUUAUUCAUACGGAUAGCAGAAAUUUUGUUCUAGAGAAAAUCAUGAAUGCAGAAGAUGAUAACCAAGAAAUUGUGUUUACCGGAGAAACUAUACCUAUCGUCCAGCCAAAUUCGACAAGCAAUAAUAAUGUACCAAAUCUGAUUUGGGCUUCACUAUGGGCCAAGCGGAAGAAUGGCCUACUGGUCUGCGUAUUUGAAAAAACGCCUUGCGAUUACAUUGACGUCAUGUUAAACUUGAGAGAUUUUUCAGUGGACAGCAUUAUUGAUACAACACACUUUCUGGAAAACUUUGACAAGAAAAAGCAGCAAGAAUCAACUUCGCCAAUGACAGAAAAGAAAACGGUAAAAUUUGCAAAUGAAAUUCACGAUAUUGGGUCAGUAAGUCACUCACUGAGUAAACUAAUUGAUGAUGUACGUUUUGGAAAAGUGUUUUCUGCAGAUGAUGAUUUAUUACCCUUGUCUAUCAGGGUGGCAAAUCAUGUCAACGAAGAGAGAUAUUUUACGUUGAAUUGUCUAUCUGAAAAUAUACCAUGUGCUGUUACAACUUCCGUAUUGGAAAACGAAAUAAAAUUAAAAAUUCAUAGUUUGCCCUAUCAGGCUGGGCUAUUUAUUGUUGACAGUCACACUUUAAGUCUUUUAAGUUUCAACAAAUCAGUCGCCAAAAACAUGUUUGGCUUGCGACUUCACGAGUUGGCCGGUAGUUCGGUUACUAAGUUGGUUCCUUCUUUGGCGGACAUGAUAUCUUAUAUCAAUAAAACUUAUCCUAUGUUAAAUAUCACAUUACCAGAAAAUAAAGGAUUGGUUUUAACAGAACAUUUUUUCAGAAAAAUUGAGGCUGAAAUGCAUCAUGAUAAGGACUCGUUUUACACUUCUAUUGGUCUAGACGGCUGUCACAAAGAUGGUAAUUUGAUAAAGGUGGAUGUUCAAUUACGGGUCUUGAAUACGAAUGCUGUAUUAUUAUGGAUUACACACUCAAGAGACGUGGUCAUUGAAAAUUAUACCACCGUUCCUUCGCAGCUACCGAUGUUAAAGGAGAACGAAAUUGAUGUCGUUGGCAGUAGAGGUAGUUCCAGUGCAUCUUCCAAGAAAUCUUCGGAAAAAAUUCCUGUGAAUACUUUGAAGGCAAUGGCUGAUCUGUCGAUUAGCUCCGCUGAAACGAUUUCUAAUUCAGACGAUGAAGUAGACUUAAAUCAAGUGAAUGAAAAACUACGAGAAACUUCUUGCGGUAAAGUGAGAGGUAUCGAAUCUAAUGACAACAAUAACUAUGACGAUGACAUGACAAUGGUUGAUGAUCCUGAGUUAAAACAUAAAAUUGAAUUAACGAAAAUGUACACGCAGGACAAAUCAAAAUUUGUAAAGGACGACAACUUUAAAGUGGAUGAAAAAUUUAUAAUGAGGAUAAUUGAACCGAUAAACGGAGAAGAAAUCAAAAAGGAAACAAAUGAGCUAGACAAAAGAAAUUCUACUUUAAAAGCUACGUACUUGACUACUCCAGAGGCUAAUAUAGGCUCACAAAAGCGCAUAAAGAAAUUUUCUGAUUUUACUAUUCUGCAAGUGAUGGGUGAGGGUGCGUACGGUAAAGUCAAUUUAUGCAUUCAUAACAGAGAACACUAUAUCGUGGUCAUCAAAAUGAUUUUCAAAGAGAGGAUUUUAGUAGACACAUGGGUGAGAGAUAGAAAAUUAGGUACUAUACCUUCUGAGAUCCAAAUUAUGGCGACCUUGAAUAAAAAUUCCCAAGAAAAUAUCUUGAAGUUAUUAGAUUUUUUUGAAGAUGACGAUUAUUAUUACAUUGAAACACCGGUCCAUGGAGAAACUGGUAGUAUUGAUCUAUUUGAUGUUAUCGAAUUCAAAAAAGAUAUGGUUGAACAUGAAGCUAAACUGGUGUUUAAACAGGUAGUCGCUAGUAUAAAGCAUUUACAUGACCAAGGAAUUGUUCAUAGAGACAUAAAGGACGAAAAUGUUAUUGUUGAUUCUCAUGGCUUUGUAAAAUUAAUCGAUUUCGGUUCGGCUGCCUAUAUCAAGAGUGGACCAUUCGAUGUUUUUGUGGGAACAAUGGACUAUGCUGCACCUGAAGUCCUUGGUGGUUCCUCUUACAAAGGUAAACCACAAGAUAUUUGGGCUCUUGGUGUGCUACUUUAUACCAUAAUUUAUAAAGAGAAUCCUUAUUACAACAUUGAUGAAAUCUUGGAAGGUGAAUUAAGGUUCGAUAAAUCGGAACAUGUCAGUGAAGAAUGCAUCAGUUUGAUAAAAAGAAUUUUGACAAGAGAAGUUGAUAAAAGACCUACUAUUGAUGAAAUAUAUGAAGAUAAAUGGCUUAAAAUCUAG